AAGAUCCGAGUGAAGGUCGCCAUUGAGAACCAACCUUGCGUGAUGGAAGUCGACUCGGGGUCGUCCCUCUCAAUGGUUUCCUGGAAAACUUUCAAGCAACUAAUCCCGGCCAUCCGUCGUCAGGACCUCAGCCCCCAAAGGAUCAUACUCAAGGAUUACCAGGGCAACAGAAUCCCGGUCGUCGGUUCCAGCCAAGUACAAGUCUCCUUCAAGAAUCGUAUCGCAUCACUACCGCUAACUGUCGUCGAUCGUGACCAGCCUAGCUUAUUAGGCCUACAAUUGUUCGCCCCGCUCGGGAUCGAGGUAGCCGGCGUCCACCGAGCUGAGAGCAACGACUGGGAGGAGUCUCUCGUCCAAGAAUUCCAGGACGUUUUUUCAGACGAACUAGGCAAGUACAAGGGGACCCCAAUAUUGUUUAACCUCAACCCUGAAGUAGCUCCCAUCCGCCUUAAGCCUCGUCGGGUGCCUUUUGCACUAAAACCAAAGAUCGACGAGCAACUCGAUAAAUUAAUAGCCCAGGGCGUUUUAGAACCAACCGACCACGCCCGUUGGGAAACCCCAAUUGUAACACCCAUUAAACCAGAUGGAUUGUUAAGGAUUUGUGGGGAUUAUCGGGCCACUUUGAACCACGCACUUCAGCAAAGUGCUUACCCGGUACCGGUGGUUCAACACCUUCUCCACUCCCUGGGUGGUGGGAAGAUAUUCGCUAAAUUGGAUUUGGCACAAGUGUACCAACAGUUGCCCGUUGAUGCGGAAACUGCGGAAGCGCAAACUAUCGUUACGCAUAGAGGUGCUUUUAAGUGCAAUAGACUCCAAUUCGGAGUGAGCGUAGCUCCGGGAAUCUUUCAAAGUUUAAUGGAGAGACUCUUACAAGGCAUAAAAGGGAUCGUACCAUAUUUUGAUGAUGUUUUAAUCGCCGCCCCUAAUAGAGAUAUCUUAGAAAAGCAUCUCAGAAUGGUUCUAAAGAAAUUUAAAGACGCCGGCCUGAAGGUUAAAAAAAAUAAAUGUCAACUGUGUACUGAGAGGGUGGAGUUCCUGGGAUACCUUCUCGAUAGUCAAGGAAUCCAUCCCACUGAUAACAAGCUAAAAGCGAUUAAAAACGCCCCAACGCCCAAAAAUAGAACAGACCUCCAAGCCUUUCUGGGGCUCAUUAACUUCUACAACAUUUUCUUGCCCCAGAAGGCGACUGUAGCGGAGCCCUUACACAGACUUCUUGAUAAAAGUGCUACCUGGGUCUGGGGACUUCGAGAGGAACGCGCCUUCCAACAAGUGAAAGACUUGCUAACCUCCGACGCUGUUUUGAUGCAGUACAACGAGACUUUACCUUUAACUAUUACUUGCGACACUUCACCGUUUGGAGUGGGAGCAAUCUUAAGCCAUGUACUACCAAACGGAAAUGAAGCACCUAUUGCGUUCUUCUCACGAACAUUGUCAAAGGCCGAAAGGAACUAUAGCCAACUCGAUAAAGAGGUCCUUGCUGUUGUGUCUGCUGUGAAGCGCUUUCACGAAUACGUGUAUGGACGAGCAUUUACGAUAGUCACAGAUCACAAACCAUUGCUUGGUAUUAUAGCGGGAGACAAGCCAACCCCCUAUAUAUUAUCGCCAAGAAUGACUCGUUGGUCUGAGUUCCUAGCUGCCUACAAUUAUUUGUUGCAACAUCGCCCGGGGAAAGCCAUUUCAAACGCUGAUGCGUUGAGUCAUUCUCCACUUCCGGAAGCCAUCGACGACCCAGCUCCAACCCUCACGACGCUCCAAAUCGAAACGCUGCACUCGCCGCCACUAACAGCGAGAGACAUCGCCAUCGAGACAAAACGGGAUCCUGUCCUGGCGCGAGUCCUCAGCUGGGUUGAACGAGGAUGGCCAGCCGACCAAAUCCACGACAAUUUCGCACCGUUCAAGAAUCGGCAGACAGAGCUUUUCUCCCAGAGAGGUUGCGUUCUCUGGGGGGAUAGAGUAGUCGUCCCAGAGAGACUACAACAGACUGUGUUAAAAGUAUUACACGAGGGACAUCCGGGCAUCGUCCGCAUGAAGGCGCUCGCACGAAGCUACGUGUGGUGGCCAGGCAUCGAUAAGCAGAUUGCAGCCUGGCUAGGCGACUUGGUGUUUGCUAAAAACUUUUCUGGCAACCCAUUAUGGGUCCCUGCAACUAUUACCCAACCCACCGGCCCCAGAUCCUACCGCCUACAGACUAAUGAUGGGAGAGCAUGGAAACGCCAUAUAGAUCAACUU